AAAUGAUGGAGCUUUCAAAACAACAACGUGUCAAGUCUGACUUCACUCUCUCUCUCUCUCUCUCUCUCUCUCCAUUUUACAUUCUCCGUAGACUUACCAACGGUUCGCCGACACUCUGCGGCGGCGGCGCUACUCCUCGGCAUUGGUAUCUUCCAGAAGCGUCUUCUUCAACCACCGCAUCACUGCAUAUAAAAUGAUUGGAUCAUUUCUCACCAGAGGGCUCGGGAUGGUGUUUGGUUAUGCAUACCCAGCUUAUGAAUGUUUCAAGUGUGUAGAGAAGAACAAACCAGACAUUAUGGAGCUUCGCUUUUGGUGCCAGUAUUGGAUUUUGGUAGCUGUUUUGACAGUUUCUGAGAGAAUUGGCGAUACUUUCAUUUCAUGGGUUCCAAUGUAUAGUGAAGCUAAAUUGGCAUUUUUCAUAUAUUUGUGGUACCCCAAAACUAAGGGUACAACAUACGUCUAUGACUCAUUCUUUAAGCCAUAUGUAGCAAAGCAUGAAACAGAAAUUGAUCGCAAUUUAUUAGAACUGAGGACUAGGGCUGGAGAUGUUGCAGUUGUGUAUUGGCAGAAAGCUGCUAACUAUGGUCAAACCAGAGUGUUUGAGAUUCUUCACUACUUUUCUGCACAAUCAUCUACACCAAGACAACAAACCACACAGCAGCAGACUACUUCUACUGGACAGAAACCAGGACCUAAGGUUCGCCAACAAGAACCCAAGGACAACCCGCCUUCUCCAACUUCCAGUAGAACAUCUUCUUCUAGUAGUCAUCAUAAAGAAGAAGACGUAUCGGUAGAUAAGUUGAUCCCUUCUCAAGUCGCUAGAACCAGUUCUCUCCCAGGAAGUUUAAAUGUUCUAAAGAAAACACUAGUGGAUAAUUCGAAGCCUCCAAGAAAAGGUGAAGAAUCUGAGGCAAUGCAGAUUGAACUAGUGGCCUCGUCGUCUUCUUCCUCUUCCACUUCUACUUCAGCAAACGAAAAAAUGGACAAACCAAUUGGGCAAGAGAUGGUAGAUAAUAGUAUCCGAGGCAUGCGAUCAAGAUUGAGGAAAACACGCAGUAGCACAUAAUAAUUGUAUCCACUUUUUCUUUAUGCUAUAAUAAAAUUAGACCCAUCUACUCAAUUUGCAUUAUUUUGUUGUACUUGAAAUUUGAAACACUUGUAUUACUUUUAUUGUAGUAUUUAUAGAUGAUGACAACAAUUGCAGAGCGCCAACCCUACCCUACCUUGAAGUGGUGGGUGGACCAGUCAGAUAAUAAAGGAAAUUAAAA